AUGGAUAACGAGAUCAUAAUCCCGAUUUCAAACAAAUUCGAUGUCCUUAGAGGAUAUGAAACCGAGAAGCCGGACAUUAUCCCUGCGAUUGCUCAAUGGGCUACGUCUGCAAUCGAACCAGAAAGCCCAACCGCGAGCACUCAAGAUGUCACACCUUUACCUUGGACAGAGAUCACAACCACACCCCCGUCCGAACCAGAUAUUACAACAACGACAACUCAACAUAUGACAACUACAACCGUACCAGAAACCGGGAUCCUACCAUCCCCAACAUCACCGCCUAACGCCAUAACUACAAACCAUAAAGCAGAAUCCACCUCCUCAACCUCAACAAUCAACCCCAUAGCCCUCGCGCGCGCUCGAGCCGCGAAACUACCUUCCUGGGACGUAUGCGCGCACCCUUACGACCCUACGGAUCCCGACGGUUUGAAAAUCAUCUACGACCCCGAACGUCCGCUCUGGACGGUCAAAGACGAGAAGCGCUCCCGAGCAAGGGUUGAACGGUGGUUAGACGCCGUAGUAAUGGGGCAUGACAGAAUGGAAGGCGUGAUGGGCGGGUUGCUAGGGCGGGUUUUGAAUGACAGGGCGUGGCGAGAGGUGGAUCGGAUCACGAGAGAGGAUUGCGGGAAGGCGGAACAGGAGGAGUAUGAGAGGAUAGGUCGGAACUGGUGUUGGGUUUGUGAGGAGUGGGAGGAUGCGAGGGAGAAGAGGGGGUGGAUGGAGCGCGGGUGGAGUGGGAAGUGGGUUGAGGUUGAGGGGCAUAGGGAUGAGUUGUGGGUUAAGAAGAGUGAGUGGGGGUGUGAGGAGGUGGAGAGGGUGCAGAUUAUUAGGGGGGGUUGGUGA